AUGUCCUCGGACGCCGCUCCUGUUGUUCCUCCUCCCGCCGCCGCCGCCGCCGCAAACGAGCCCCCAGCGCCGGUAGCUCCCCAGUCCGCCCAAGCGCCGCCGAAGCAGGACCCUGUCGGUCUGAGCGUCGAGCUCGACGAGUUUGGUCUGCCCAUACGCAAGAAGCCCUUGCGGCGCCUGAUCUCGGAGGACAGCGAGGAGAACCUCCGCAGAUCCGUGGAAGAGGCGCAGCACCAGGAAACUGCCUCGGGAAAUGCAUGGGGAGCAACAGCGCCCGCGGCGCCGGCUUCUGCCUCGGCUUCGCCGACGCCGCAGGGCAAUGCUCACGACGACGAUGUGGCCGUGAAGGUCGACACGAAAUCGGCCCCGUCAGGCGAGCUUGCAACGGCGCAGAGCGACGACAAGCGCGCCGAGGCCACACCCGACGUCCUCGCCGAGGCGUCUGCAUCUGAUCAUAGGUAUGCGGAGCCGGGCGCCGUGUCAGAAUGGUCGUAUCAGCAGCUAGCCCCAAAAAAAGAGAAGAAAGAUGACGACUGGGACGGCGAAUGGCAGGACAUGCCCGCUUACGCUUCGUAUGACAUGUAUAACGACGAUAACAAGCUGAUCGCACGCGAGAAAGACGACUUCAGUGAUGAAGAGGUGGAGUACGGCGCCCUGGGUGGCGCCGGAAGAGGAUACACCAGGGUCCAAAUUGACGAGGAUGCGCAAUCGGCCACGAGCAUGGACGACAACACGGCAUAUCUGUUCAAGGGAGGGAAAAGCACGAACGUCCAGGAUGACGACGAAGAAGCGCGGGAUCCGCUGUCGCAGAUGCAGGCUACCAAGGACCUGCUUACCGAGGGUCAGAGAAUUGCAUACGUCGGAGUCGUCAGAUUGUCCAUGCUGGAAAUGGUCAAGGAACUCGAGAAGCUGGAGAGGACGAAAGCAAGUAAGAAGCAGGUUGACAUGUCCUCCGAGGCUAUGAAGAUGUGGAGCCAGAAGAUGAUGGUUCGGUUGUAUAGUCACAUGGAGAUCGAGUCGGCGGAGCAGAUUAUGAUCGAACAACUGGGAGAGCAUGGGGUCCAGCCUAGCGACCUUACCCCGGCACUCAUGCAGAAUGCACGGGUGAAGAAUCCCGUGGCCGAGGAGACCGCAUCGAGCCGGCCCUCCGUGUCAUCUCCGCGGCCUAGCUCAACCUCAAGUGCCCCAUCUACUCCGGUCCCAGACACUCCAGGCUCGUCAGCGCCUCCGCCCUAUGAGGACCAUGGUGGGGAAGAUAUGCCAGAAGUCCGCACCCCCUCUCAGCUCCCCACAACCAAGAAUAUUGACAUUGAUCUGCGAUGGACUGUUCUGUGCGAUCUGUUCCUCGUACUGAUUGCUGAUUCUGUCUAUGAUGCGCGCUCACGGGAGGUAUUGGAGAAGGUGGGAAAAUACUUGGAGGUACCCGAUCUUGACAUUUGUCGUUUCGAGAAACGCGUCACCGACGCUCUCGAGAUGCAAGAGGCAGCAAACGACCAAAAUUGGAGCGACGAAGGGCACUUGGAAAGCCGUGCCAAAAUGCAAAGGAAUAGACGACUGGUGAUGAUGGGUCUGGCUACGGUUGGAGGAGGACUGGUCAUCGGCCUGUCGGCAGGUCUCCUCGCCCCAGUCAUCGGCGCGGGUCUUGCGGCUGGAUUCACAACCAUUGGUGUUGCUGGCACCAGCAGCUUCCUCGCAGGUGCCGGUGGCGCAGCCAUCAUCACUACUACCGGUGUGGUCACGGGAAGCACUGUCGGUGUGCGAGCUUCGAACCGGCGAACAGGGGCAGUCAAGACGUUCGAGUACCGGCCUCUGCACAACAAUAAGAGGGUGAACAUGGUCAUCACGGUGUCUGGAUGGAUGAAUGGCAAGGUUGACGAUGUUCGCUUGCCAUUCAGUACGGUGGAUCCCGUGAUGGGAGACAUUUACUCGGUUUUUUGGGAGCCGGAAAUGUUGCAGAGCAUGGGUCAAACCAUCAAUAUCCUAGCAACAGAGGCCCUCACUCAAGGUCUGCAGCAAGUUCUUGGCAGCACCAUCCUCGUCGCGCUCAUGGGUGCGCUGCAACUUCCCAUCGUACUUACCAAACUGUCGUACCUCAUCGACAACCCAUGGAAUGUGUCACUGGCACGAGCCGAGCUGGCCGGCUUGAUCCUUGCUGAUUCGCUCAUUGACCGGAACCUGGGCGUGCGGCCUGCUACGCUCGUCGGGUUCUCAUUGGGAUCCCGCGUCAUCUUUUCGUGCUUACAAGAGCUUUCAAAGAGAGGAGCGUAUGGCUUGGUUCAGAAUGUUUUCCUGUUCGGUUCGCCCAUGGUGGCGAAAAAGGACGAAUAUCUCAAGGCCAGAUCGGUUGUUGCGGGUCGAUUCGUCAACGGCUACGCGACAAACGACUGGAUCCUCGGAUACCUCUUCCGCGCAACCAGCGGAGGCGUCAUGAAAGUUGCGGGGCUUGCCCCAGUUGACUGCCCCGGCAUUGAAAACUUCGACGUCACGGAGAUGGUCAACGGGCACAUGGCGUAUCGUGCAGCGAUCCCUCGUCUGCUGCGUGAGAUGGGGUGGGCGGUGGAAAGCGACGAGUUUGCGGAGAUCGAGGAUCCGGAUCCGGACAACCACGAGGCAAGGCAGCGUGAGCUGAUCAACGAGAUCGAAGAAGCGCGCAAAGAGAUGGAGCAGAAGCCGCAGAGAAAGAGCGGGUGGAAUUUCUUCAAGAAGAAGCAGGCGGAGAAGAAGGAGUGGGAGAUGUACGACGAGAAGAUGAGGGCAGGAGACGACGACAAGAACAAGAACGUGCUGUUCGACGUGGAGGCCAUCAAGCAAGAGGCAGCGGAGAUCGCGGCGCAGGGGAUCGAGGUAAAGCAGCUUGAGAGCACACUCCCACCCAUGACGCUGGAGAGCCCACGCUCAAAGCUCCGGCAGACACAGAGUUUCAAUGACUCGACAAUCGACCACAACCAAGGCAGCAAGACGGCCCAUCUUUACGACGGCUCCGAGUACGACGCGAACCCCGACCGGUGGGAGGGCGACAUCUCGAUGACUUUCGACACUUCGUACGAGACUCCUCCGGCAUCGAGUCACGGGGCGGUGCACACAGGGUCGACGUGGAGUUCGCCCAGCGUCGAGAGGCCGCCUCUGCGCACGUCGAGCACUCUGCCGGUCAACUUGGCGAGCUUUGAGCACAAUGCAUGGGCGGAUGACGACGAGGCGGAAUGGGGAAAGGAGAAAGAGAUGAAGAUGACGUUUGAAUAA